UAUGACGAGGCCCACACCUUACAUUCAGUUAUGGCAUUGUUGCACGUGGCAAGUCUGUUGCUCUGCUAUGACGGUCUCCAAUAUGCAAACGCAGUUGAAGAUACACAUAUUGCAGGCACCAGUGGAAAAGAGUUUUUCUUUGCAUUUUUUGCAAACUAUUACGUUGACCCACAUUCAUAUCUGGAAAACGACAUCUACGUAUCUUCUACAUCAGACUCUCUCUGUACCAUAGAUUAUGACGACGGAAUAAGGAAUCUAAUAUCUAUCAACAUAACUGCCUACUCUGUGACGAGAAAACGACUUCGUGGUACAACCCACCUCCAUGCAAAGAGCGGCAUUGAAAAUAAAGGAAUACGUAUACUGUGUACCAAUCCUGUAUCCAUAUAUGGAUUCAACAGACGUGGAGAUUAUGCUUCAAGUGAUGCCUUUACAGCACUCCCUCUUGUAGCUCUAUCGAAAGAAUACAUCAUCCCUGGGGUCUACAACAAUCCCUACAUUGGAGUCGUGGCCACACAAAACAACACCUUAGUCAAGAUAGAUCUCAUCUCAUCCUGUUCAAUAUUGUUUAAUGGAAGCCUGUACAAAACUGGCAACAUACUUGCAGUUUCCUUAAACAUAAAUGACGCUUUGCAGAUAAUACAUAAAGAAUCAUAUGAAACAUCACUGGAUUGUGAUUUUGGUGGUACAUACAUCCAGUCUACAGCGCCAGUGGCUGUAUUCUCAGGAUCUGUUUUCUAUUAUCCAAACUUUGCGCUAUACACAUAUCUUGUUCUCCAAGUUCCCCCUAUCAGUGCCUACAGUACAACCGUCAUAGUUCCCAGGGUUCCGUCACCAGCUAAUCACACGGUGGUUCGUCUAGUGGGCAGUCAGAAUGAUACGUCUAUGUCAAUAACGUCUGUCAGUCAUACUGAUGUCAAGGUGAUCCAGCACUCACUAAACUGGAGGGAGUUUAAGGACAUUGACAUUUGCUUAUCACGUGUGAUAAACCGAUCAUGGUCGUACAAAAUACGUACUUUUAUCCGAAUGGUGGAUUUUCAAUGUUUGUUCCGGGUCAAAGGUCGUACGAAAAGGAGUUUGUCGUUGAAAGCAUGGACAGUGCUCAAGUGAAGGAUGCUGUACGUGUUCAAUGUCUUCCGAGUAACUGGUUGGUGACUAUGGACCUGAGUAAGCUGCGCCGUCCACCCAGUGACGUCUCCCACAUCUACAUGGCCACUCACGCAUGUACAGGGACGCUGCAAGGGCAUCUGCUUGUAUUCAACGUUUCUUACUACCUCUGUCACACUAAAAUACAGGUGAGUUCCAAUCUUAGUAGGACAAAUAUGUAUUACGCUACUGUUUUUUGUUUUGGCCUAAAAUGACUCGACGACAGAGCUUUUUUGAUUUGACAUUCACGAUUUUUUCAAUGCUGAUACUCUGGUCAUUCUGUAAUUUAACCUCAUGAAAAUUGCAACAGAAUAUUUUACGACUGUUUCCAUUUAAUUGAAUGUAUUUGAGUUUGUAUUAAAAAGUCUACCAAAAUCAACCUUCGGGAAAUUGGUUAAUUCCCGCAUCAAAAAAGAUAAAAACCAACGAGGAGAAUAUGGCACCUACGGGCCGCCGUACAUCAACAAGAGCUCGCAAAGGGAGAUGAAUCGUAAUGAUCCUGCUGGUGCCUUGGAAAAUAUUCAGAAAAAAACAACGAUAACGGAGCCCUAUUAUUUCAUGGUAAGUUGACAAAUACACAUUCAUUUAAAAAUGUAAUUAAUAAUGAUGAAAAUAAUAGCAGUCCAAUAUACUUCUAACACGCCCAUCAACCAUAAAUUGUGUAGCGUCGUCUGCUUUGUAACUACGGCCGCACCGGAAGAGAACAUGUGUGUUAAACACGACCGAUAAUCAUAUUCCUGUCUUUUAUAAAUUCAUCCAACAUUGUUACAAUUAUUAGAAACAUAAUUAUGUGAAAAUUAUAUCGAAAAGUGUAAAAUCAAUAAAAACCUUGGACCCUCCUUGAUAAAAUAAAAAAUGUAUGGAAGCCCAUGAGUGACAUGAUGUAUAAUCAUUUGCGUAAUGCGUACGUAAUUUGCAAUUCAUUAAAUUCAUUACGUUUUACAACCAAUCUUGACAAUAUUGAUAUCGGAACAAGUUACCUAUUUCUAAAACACCCGAUAUUGACAUUUCUCGUCUUGAGUGCAUUUGUUUAACUGUUUAAAGUCACAAAAUUAACUCUUUUAACAAUCUUGUAACUUUUUUUUUUGUCUGGGAAAUUGAUGAGAAACGGAACCAGGAAAAUUCAGCAAAUGCAGAUGUAAUUACUUGAAAUAUAUAGGAAUUUAAACAACUUUACUCUCUUUUGACACGAUGUGGUAAGACAUUUUUCUUCUUUCAGAAUUACGGCUACCAUUCUGGAACGGCAUGAUCUCAGACAACAGCGCCAGUGGAUUCUGUCUCCGUUUCUUGACUUGAAACUAAAUUUGUAGCAGGAGUAGAACAAAUACUGUCCCCAAAGAUUGUUUGGAAUACAGCGAGGCACUUGUGUGUUUAUUCGUCGAAGGCCCGGGUUCGAUUCUCCACAUGGGUGCAAUGCGUGAAACCCAUUUCUGGUGUCCCUCGGGGCAAUCUCAUUAAAAUCAAAUCUUUGUACUCGCC